AACCCGGAUGUCAGCCAGUUAGCAUGCUAGCUGGUGUUCUGUCUGCGGACUGAGGCGAUUUGUUCACAGAUUCUGGCUGAAGUUUGAUUUGGAGGCAGAUAAAGAGAUGUUUGUGUGAGUCGAGCUUUGAGCCACAGUUCAGAGUCUGAAGAGGAACCGCUGAGCUGAAGAGUCAGAUGAUCUGCUGCUGCAACUGAGUGAAAGGACGGUGACGAUGGUGAUGAAGCUGUGAGACAAAGCUCCCCGCUCCUCCUGCACACUUCCUCAUGGAUUCCAGCAAUGACGAGGCGCUCGACAUCAUCGUCACCAACGUGGUGGCGACGUUCAGGACCAGGUGCCACCUCAACCUGCGAACCAUCGCCCUGGAGGGAACCAACGUCAUCUACAAGCCCGAAGUCGGGAAAGUCUUGAUGAAGCUUCGCAAACCGAAGAUCACGGCCUCGAUCUGGUCCUCAGGGAAGAUCAUCUGCACCGGAGCUACGAGUGAGGACGAGGCCAAGCUGGGCGCUCGCAGGUUGGCUCGCUGUCUGCAGAAACUGGGCUUCAAGGUGAGGUUCUCGGCCUUCAAGGUGGUCAACGUGUUGGCGGUGUGCUCCAUGCCGUUUGCAGUUCACCUCAUAGACUUCACCAAGAACAACCGACCCAUCGCCAGUUUUAAUGUUACCUGCUGCUCUCUGUUGGUGUUUCUGCUGCUUUUUUGCGCUCAUAUACGUUCUUCUGUCCCACCGUCUGUUGCUUUAGGACCAAAUGUGCAGAACGUGGCCACAGCGGUGGAGGAGGUCUAUCCUCUGCUGUUCGAGUGCAAGAAGCCGCUCUGCAAGUGAAGACCGAGAACUGGAGUCUGACGAGGAAGCACCUUAAGCUCGGAUCGAUUUAUCACUACAGACUGGACCCGCUGGAGUCCUUCACGGUUUUAAUGUUGUUGUUGGGUCUUUUUGGUUUUAACAGCCGGAACCUGCGAACGUCUUCCGGACUUUGAGCAGAAGCUGAGGACGUGUUUGCAGACAAACAGCUGAACUCGUUCCACGCUUCUCACUGCAGACUCUCCUUUUACCCUUCAAACAGCCAGUCGUCCCGUUUCUCCGCAGAAUCUCCGUCCGUGGAUCGAUCGAAACAAGAAUCUCUGCUUCACGCUUACCGUCGUUCAAAGAGACAAACGGCAGGCGGAGGAACAGAACCCGACCAGAGCUGAAUCAUCUCCAACUAUUUAAAAAGAAAUGCUCCGAUUUUAGCUCGUUAAAUGUGAAUAUUUUCUGUUUUCUUUCCUCCUCUGCGACAGUAAGCCGCAGAUCUCGUCCUGGGAAACAGCGAUCCACAUCUAAAGAGACCAAACCACUCAUCAGUUCGUCCAGAAUAACCCAGACUGUUACACAAACCUGCUCACAGGAUGCAUUAAUGUCUUGAUUUUCUCGUUUGUUCGGUUAUCGGUUUGUUAUAAACGUGUUUAUUUGGUUUUAGUUGCUAACGUUGGUUUUUAAACUCGGCUCGCAGGAAUCUCGUCGGCUUUCACAGAACACACCUGCUGCUUUAUUAACAUUUAAAAUGAGCUUUUUAUUGGAUGAAGUAGUUUUUUGAAACACAGUCCAAGAACCGCAGCAGAAACAUGGAUUGAAGAAGCGAUUAGAAAAGCGUCUCACAGGUUCGUCGGGCAGCUCGUCAGGAGGCUUCGUGACACAGUUGUGAGUUUUUUUUCCCAGCAGCAAGGAGCUCAGAUGGUCUAAAACACAAACAUGUUCUACUGACGACGUGUACGUACAGAACCACAGAACCUGACAGAGGAUGUGACGACUUUUUGAACCGGUGUCAGCCGAAGCUUCGUGACACUUGAAUUUUUGUAUUUUGUAUAAAAAUAAAGUUCUGCUGAAAAGGC